GGGCAGAGCGUUGUGCCACAACGUUGGCCGCAGUGGUGAAAAGUGUUUGUGCCGACCGCUGGUGAAAUACAAAGUGAAUAGCCCAGUGUUUAAUUUAGUGCAUCCCUCAAAAUGUCUAUGGAUCCUACGGUGUCGUUGGAGGAUCUGGAACGCCGGCGUCGUCGUGCCAGCUCAGCCAGGAAAGCAUCGCAAACGUCGCAGCCUUCGACGCAGCCGGAAACGGAGUCGGAAGCUAUGGCCGUGAUCAAUGAAAUCUUUAAUCCUCGACUUAAAUUGCCAGAGAGCACGGGAUACUACAAACUUCCGGAGCAGAUGAGUGCAGACGAUCAAGUUUCGGCACAGGAUUUGGACAUUGCCAAGCUGGCGGAGCUGAAGGAAGUUUUCACACUCUUCGACACGGACUGCGAUGGACUGAUCUCGAAAGACGACCUGCGGUUCACUUACAUGGCUCUGGGCAACGAACCCAACGAGCAGCUACUCGAGCAGAUGAUGCAGGAGGCCCAGGAGCCCCUGGACUAUGAGGCAUUUGUGCAGCUAAUGUGUCGUCGCACCCUGGAACUCGAUCCAGAGGAUGUGCUACUCGAAGCUUGGAGCAAGUGGGACGAUCACGGCACGGGCAAGAUCGAUGAGAGAAAAAUCUACGAGGAACUCGUUAACUAUGGUGACAAAAUGACUGACAGCGAGGCAAAGGAGGCGCUCAGUCAUGCUCCCAUGGCUAAGCCCAAAACAUUGGAGGAACCUCCCAUGAUCGACUAUCCCGCCUUCUGUCGCAUGCUCGGGGGAAUGCGUAAACGCAAGAAUCCCUAGAGAAAGUGGAAAGAAAGCAACCAGCAAGCAACUCAAGCCUAAAUCGAAUC